AGCAGGAAAAAGAAUGAUAGUUUUGUGAUUGAGGAGGUCGGGGAGGUGGUUGAUUCGGCGUAGCAGGGUGGUUCGAAAAAGAAUAGGAAAAAGAGGAGAUUAAUUUGAGGCCAAGAUAGCAAUGGGUUUGAAUUCUUUGUUGGUGCGUGUAUCACAACCAUCACAGUGCAAGUAUUCUUCACAUUGCUAAAGCGGGGUGCUGGGGGUGGUAAAAUGUGGGGGUCUGAAUCGGAGCUGAUUUGGGGGUCGUGGGGUUGCUUCCAAAAGGGGGUCUAAGUCUUUUUUGGGUAAAAAUAUACUACUUUUACCAAAAUAAAAACAAAACGGUACACCAAGAUGAAGAAGAUGAAGAAGAUAAGCCAACAGCACAGAGAGAGAGAGAGAGAGAGAGAGAGAGGGCAGAGAUGCAUGUUGAAUGUGAUCACAUUCGGAUAGCGGAGUCGCAGGCCACCAUCGAUUGAGGUUGGUCCUUCAGCUCUAUGGGCGGCGCUACCAUCGCUCUUCAAUAAAAAGGUGUCCAGUCAUUGCUAUAGAUUUUGCAUAUGGCACCAAUAGAUAAAACAAUAUUUUGUUUCUGUCAUUGGGGUGGUGAGAAUGUGGUAGGGAGUGAUGGAUCUGUCACAUACACGGGUGGUACCACCGAGCAGUUUCUAGUGAAGUCAGGUAUACCGUAUGAGGCAUUCAAGAAGGUUGUUUUUGACAGACUGGGUAUCGAGCCUUGGGGAAAGUCGUUGCAUUUCACUGUGAAGUUCAACAAGAAACAAUUAAUACGCUUGAAAGACCAGGAUGGAGUUGACCAUCUAAUACAAUUCAAUGAUGAUUUUGCACACGUCUAUAUUUCAAAUGACGAUGCAGAUCCCAUUGCCACACCUGUUGUGGAUGGCACAAGGGGUGCAACACUAGAGGUUGAACCAAAUCAAAUCCAAUCUGAGGAUGAAUAUGUGAGUGAGGAUCAUUCAGCGUCAACACCACCUGUGACUACCUCAUGUAAUGAUGCAGCACUGCUUGCCUCUACCAUGUGGCAUGCAGUACUUGUGGGAGAAGGGCAAGCAUUUGAGAAUGCUGAUGCAUUUCGGCAAGCAGUAUUCAAAUACGCUAUUGCCAAGAAGUUCCCUUACAAAUUCAGUCAUAAUAGAUCGAACUACUUGAGUGUGGGAUGUGCUAUUGAUGGGUGCCAAUGGAAAGUAACUGCCAGCCAUGAGGCUUCUACUAACUUUAUUUCAAUCAAGAAGUUUGUUGAUUGUCAUACUCAUUCUCUACUGGAUGAAACAAACUUUAAACCCAAAUUCAGGGCUAAGCUGAUGGGAAGUAUUAUUCAGAAAGAGAGUUUGGAUUGUCCAGCAUUGCCACGAGAACUUUGCAGUGACUCUUUGAGGAAUUUUUCCAUACCAUUGACCUAUCACCAGGCUUGGAGUUUGAAGGAGAAGGUGAAGAAGGAACUUGAGGAAAAAUUGGAGAAUUUGUUCAAGUUAAUCCCAGAGUUUUGCAAUCGCCUGAAGGAAGCUAUGCCUGGAACUGUAGCUACAUGGUCAUGUACAGAAGACAACAUAUUCAAGUGGCUUUUUGUUGCAUACGAGUGCUUGAUACGUGGCUUCCAUGCCGGGUGCAGACCUUUGAUUUUUAUUGAUGCUUGCUACUUAAGUGGUCCUUGCGAAGGCCGUGUAGUAGUUGCUUCUUCUUUGGAUGCAGACAAUGGGAUGUAUCCACUUGCUUAUGGUGUACUUAUGUCAGAAGAUGAGGAAGACUGGCUGUGGUUUCUACAGCACUUGAAGCUUGUGGUACGGGACCGUGAGGUAGUCAUAGUUUCUGAAAGAAACCCAUCUAUGCUACUGGGUGUGGACAAGAUAUUUGGUGUGGAUAAUCAUGCUUAUUGUUAUCGUCACGUGCAAGAGAUUUUCAGUAAGUUUAUUGAUACUAAUCAUGACUUUAAGUUGAAAAGUCAAGGAAAAGAGACUGCAUUUCAGUACCUAAAUGAAAUUGCUUAUGCACGAACCAUGGAGGUAUAUAAUAAAGCCCUUGCUAAAAUGCGUACGCUCCACAAGGAGUUAUCUGAUUGGGUCAUUGCUAGUGGGCCGGAGCACUGGUCUAAUGCUUUGUUCAAGAAACCUCGUUGGGAUUGGCUGUAUAGCAACCUUGCAGAGUCAUUUAAUGCUUGGUCAGAGGAGGAGAGCUUGUUGCAAAUCCCAAAAAUGAUGGAGGCUCAUUGCAAGAAGUUAUCUGAGAUUUUGCUUAAUAAAAAAGCUAAAUUGGGAAGUUGGAAACUUCUGUUUGGCCCUAAGAUUGUUGAAAAACUUUUGGAAAACGAAAAGCUUGGUCAUGAUCUAGUUGCAACCUUCCGAUCUGUUUUUGAGGUUGAGGUGCAGGAACAGUAUGCAGAGAGAGUUGUCGUGAAUCUCAAGUUCGGAACUUGUACCUGUUUGGAGUGGCAAAUGACUGGUAUACCAUGCCCACAUGCAUGCCGUGCAAUUGCACUAGCUAAUUUUGAUGCAUAUCAGUUUGUGGCGGGUUGGUACAAGAAGGAGGUGCAGGAACUUAUAUAUGCCGAAGUUUUGCCUGGUUUUUCAAAUAUUGAAAUGCCAUGUCCCAGUGAAGUUGGUACUGCUGGUGUCCAAGGGAUCGAAAAUGGUUUCACUUCAAAGAACAACAUCAUCCUUGGUUUGCGUCCACCUAGAACUAAACGACCACCAGGCCGCCCACGGAAGAAUCCAACUGAAUCCAAAGUCCUGCACGUUAGACGUCCACACUGUUCACGUUGCAAUGGUGUUGGGCACGAACAUAAAACAUGUAAGGCACCUUCAUGGAUGUGGGAGCCUCGUGGAUGAUUGGGUUUUGCUGGUGGAUAUAUGUUUCUUCUCAUUUAACUUUUGUACGAGGAUUGUUGACAGAAUGUUUCACUUGACUAUCAAAUGUUCAAUAGGUUGUUGGUUUAUUUUAUUGGUGUACAGAGUCUGACUGAAUUGAUUGCAUACAGCCAAAGCUGCUGUGAUAAUUAUUUCAUGUCACACAGCUAAAGCUUCAUUUUGCUUAACAAACUUGUUUUUCUUUUA